AUGAAUCCUAACUGUAAUACACAACCGACUAAGGCGUCGAAACCUCCGAAGGAUGGGUGGGGUCCUCGCGGUGUACCAGAUUGUUAUUACACGUCCCGCGUCCUUAACUCGACCGGACACUACGUACGUUUUAUUAAAAAACUGCGAGCCAUUGAAGAGGACACUCGAAUAGGGCUUGAGAACUUUAAGAGUCGGGCUAAAGACAAUGAGUGUAUCGAAUUUUUUUCACGAUGCGAUCGAAGAAAUCUUAUUAACAAGGUAGCGAAUCGUGUUGAGUAUUGUUUGCAAGGUUACCAGGACGACGUUGCUGUGAAGAGACAAAAAUUAAAAGAGCUCCUUCGCGUUGAAGAAGAAAUGAAUUUACACAAAUUAGUGGAACAAGUUCAGUCUGGUUACGAGUUAAUGUGGAAAGAAAAAGUGGACCGUCUGGCGUACCUACUGGCCAAGAGAAAGAAAGAACAUGAAGAUUUAUAUAACGAUACUCACUUAUCAAAAUGCGCUCACGUUCAACCUUGUAUAAGAAAGAUACAAGCUAAAGAAGCUGAGGAGAUCCAGCUGUACCAGAUGCGAGAAAAACAGAUGCGUAAACUGGCGGAGAACGAAAUGGAUAAGUUGUGGCAUGAAGUCAUGAUGAAGGAGACGGAAGCGCUGGCCGCUCGUAUGGAAUACGAUGUGAUAAAUCGUUAUCGUCGCGACUUAGAGGCCAAGGAGUACACGAUAGCACAGAUUGAGAGCAAACGCGUACAGCGAGCAAAAGAACAGGAAAUGCUAAUGCAAGAGUUCCUUAAAAUGAAGGCAAAGUUCGAAGAAGAUAACAGGAAAGCUGAGGAAGAGGAACUUCGACUAAAGAAUGAGAGAUAUGAAUUAGGUCAGCAGAAACUGGACAUGAUCAGAGAACGUAAGGAAACUGUCGCCAAAUUGCAGGCUGAUGCUGAUGUUGUUAAUCGCACGUGGGACUCACUCGCUACACAAGGUUUAGCUGAUGAGAAAGCUAAAUUGGAACGUCGAAGGCAGAAAGAGCGGGAUUUGGACGAAUGUAAUUUCAAAAUGGUGGAAAUGAAGAAUCGUAUAGCUCAGACGAAGUUCAAUAGUGAUCCGCUAAUUCUACAAGAGGGGCAGAGACGGCAGGAUGCCGUCGACAUGGAGCGUUGCCAACGACGAUUAAGAGCGAAGAAAGCUAACAAGGCUAACCAGGCUGCUAUACUACAACAAAGUAAAGAAAAAAGGGAGGCAGUCCAGGAAAAGGAAGAGGCGAAGGCCAGAGAUGAAUACAAUCGUCAGGUGAAGAAGCAGCUAGACCAGCUCGUCAAGCAUAAGCAACUGACAGACGCCCAGGCACGGAAACUUCAUCAGAAUGACCUGGUUAAACAGAUAGAGUACAAUAAGAUCUUAAAGGAGCGUGCAAAAGACGAAUGGCUGAAUGAAAACAAGAAAUGUCAAAUAGCCAUGAAAGAGUAUCAAGAGGAGAUUAAGAAGAUGCUCUCGCGGCCUUUCUACAGCGACCAAGUCCAUCCGUUUAUGAAGCAAAUGGCCUCGGGGAUCAAGAUGAGAGAGCCCUGUCCUUGUUGUGGUCCAGAUUACUGCUACCAUCGUCCUCCACCAGAGCAAGAAGAAAAGUAG